AUGAACUCCUUCAAGACCGCCGCAAUCUUCACCUUCCUCGCCGCUUCUCAGGCCAUGGCUCUUCCUGCAUACUCAGGUCCUUGCAACCCUGCCCACAGCUACCCCGACGGCGUUCAAUGCGUCUCCACCAACGGAGCCCUCUCUCUCGUCACACCCACACCUUCUGCCACCGGUGGUUUCAACUGCAAUCCCGCACAUUCGUACCCCGAAGGUGUCAAGUGUGUCUUCACAAACGGCGCUCUCUCGCUCGUCACCCCUGCUCCCUCAGCAAAGCAGACCAGCAGCUUCUUCUGCAACCCAGCUCACAGCUACCCUGCUGGCGCCGUCUGCACUGAGGUCUCUGGCUCCUUGACCCUGGUCACUCCCUCGCCGUCCGCCACAAACUCAUUCGCCUGCAACCCUGCUCAUCAAUACCCUGAGGGCGUCCGUUGCGUUUCUACAAACGGCGGAUUGGCCCUUGUUACACCUACCCCUACUCCAGAGUUCAAGUGCAACCCUGCUCAUCAGUACCCCGAGGGUGUCAAGUGUGUUUCGACCAACGGAGCAUUGAGCCUUGUCACUCCUGCUCCCUCUGCUACCGGAGUCUACAACUGCAACCCUGCUCACAGCUACCCUGAGGGUGUCAAGUGUGUCUCUACCAAUGGCGGUUUGAGCCUUGUUACCCCUACUCCUGCUCCUACUACUUACUAA